UCUCAACUUAACAUGAAUGGACACAAGAAAUACAUCCGUGAUCGAUGCCUCCAUUACUUUUCUACCAUCGAAAAGCUACAGUCCCAUGAGGUUGAUUGCGGCGUACUCAACGAUUGUGCUGUUCGACUACCGGGCGAAAACGAUAAAUGGCUGGAAUUCACGAACGCUAAUCGUAAGGAGCGUCUCCCGUUCGUGGUAUACGCCGACCUCGAAUGUAUCCUAGAGAAGACCAGCGCUGAAGAGAGGGAAAAAUACAAAAGCCAACAUCAUCGUGUCUUCAGCGUUAGAUAUUAUGUAAAGUGCUCUUACGAUGAUUCUCGACAAAUUAGCAUUCUUUUUAACUGUGGACAAACUCGUGACGUUAAAAUCACAAUUCCAAGAUGUAGACCAUUUUCAUUAAUUAACACGGAAAGGUGUCUUUUCAUACGAUUAUAUUGAUAGUUCUGAAAAGUUGGAUGAAACAGAGCUUCCACCGCGGGAAGCAUUUUACAGCUCUUUAACUGACUCAACCAUCUCCGAGAAGAAGUAUGCACAUGCCAAAAAUGUUUGGGAACGAUUUUCAACGCGAAUGCUCGGUGAAUACAGCGAUUUAUAUUUAAAGACUGAUGUAUUACUUUUACCCGAUAUCUUUGAAAAUUUCCGCGAUACUUGCCUGAAAAGUUAUGGUCUUGAUCCUGCGUUUUACUAUACUCUCCCCAGAUAUACCUGGGAUGCCAUAAUACAAUAUACCAAAGUAAAGUUUGAAUUGUUCACAAACAUCGACAUGGUAUUGUUCGUGGAGAGAGGUAUUCGA